UUCCGGAAGAUAUAUCUAUGGAUAAGGAUAAUUUGAAAGAAUUGGUGGCUAACGAAAAUAAGGAGAUUCCUAAAGAACAAGAAGUUCCAAAAAAGAAGGAAGUCUUUAAAGAAAAAUUAGUUUCAAAAGAAAAUUCUAACGAAUCACUUAAAGCGAAACGUCGUCCCAGGCCCCGAAGAAAGG